UAGAAGGUGCUUGCAAAGUGUGGAUCGGCGUGAAAUUUAUUUAAUUAUAAGUACUCUCUUACAUUGCAACCCAAAGAAGAAUUGUAGAGAAUACUAAUAGCCCGAAAUUAUCGUAAACAAGUGAAUAUUAUGUACCUGCAACAAAUGACAAUGACUAAUGAUUAUCCCACUUUAAUACCAAAGCCUCCUAAAAAGGAAUACAGGGAACUUUCCAAUAAUAUUGUAGCUGUGGAAGCGGGACGCCCUACACUUUGCAGAGCGACAUCUCUUUCCUAUAAGACCUUAUAUUACUAUAAGACCUUGAGGUAGAUCCUCAGGUAUUUAAAUCUAUACUAAACUGGUCUUUCUUUCCAGUUUCCAUCUACCAACCAUGAGUUGUUCUCGGAGCGUGGCGUUACUGGCGGCGUUGUGGCUGAUGGUGGGAGCCACAGCUAUUCCAGUGAGGAGGUCUCCAGAUCUGGAGGCCAGACGCAGGAGUGCUAUAGACAGGAGUAUGAUCAGGUUUGGUCGAUCAUAUCCUGCGGAACCAUCAGCCGCUGACCUCAGGGAAGCAUUCCAACGUCCUACACGCCGAGGAGACAGUUUCCUCCGCUUCGGCCGCUCUCAACCCCUCACCCUCUCCGCAGAAGACCUCGUCACCCUCCUCAGAUCCUACGAAGAAGACUACGACAGCCCCAUGACCAAGAAAUCAGCCAGCUUCGUCCGUUUUGGACGGGAUCCUAACUUCAUCCGCCUUGGUAGGUCAGCUGAAGAGGAUAAGAGUGCUUUUGAGCAGAAUUCUGAGCUGGUUGUGAGUGGAUACCCUCAGAGGAAGAACCGGGCGAGAGACCACUUCAUCAGGCUUGGACGAGACAGCGAGGAAGUCAACGAGAACGAGUUUGAGGAAACAGAGGAAAGCAGAAGGAAGCGAUCCGCCGAAGCGUGUCACGACUGCCAGUCGUAAUCUCAUUGUUACGUUUACAUUGCCGUUCUUACCGCUGUAUGAGAUUUUUAUUGUAAACUAGACCGGCAAUGGAUAGCAGUUUCUGUAAUAUGGACAAAUUGACUUAGUUUGAAUUUUUUGGAAUUCGAAACUGCUAUGCAUGCUCAGUUUUAACCAGUCAAUUUUAAUACUAUAUUCGUGAGAUAAAUAUACCGUUAGUAUUGAAAUGUAUCGGUUUCCUGCGGUUUUAGUUUAUAUAUUUCUCUUCCCAACAUAUUUAACGGGCUAAAGAUUUCUAAUGAGGCUAAACUAUGUGGUGCAUUGACGUUUUAAAAAAAGUAUAAAAAAUAAAAAUGUAUUUAAUAGGUUUAAUAUUUUAGAACAAUACAAUUGAACAUUUUAUUAAUGGAUUCUAACUAUUAGAAAGAUGUAUUUCGAAGCAAAAUACGCUUAUAUUUUGACCUUUAUAACAUUUCUGUAAAU